GCCAGCGGUGACUUCCUGUUUGUAAUUCUCUUUAUUUCUGUAGCAGGGUGAGAAACAGCGCCCCCUGCAGACGACACGUCGUAUUUAAAGUCGGCCGGAAACGUUCACCAAGCCGCUGGAGAAUGAGAAGCCUGCUUCAUGAGAAUCAGUCCGGUCCUCCUUAAACGUGUGUGACAAACAUGGCCCUUUUCCGUUUCGGCGCUGCCCCGCCCAGGACCAACACUGACUCAAUGUUGUCUGAAGUGAGUGUGUGCCACCCAGGGAACUUUACUGUCAAAGUACAGACGUUAUCGAGUCCGGCUCGGCAACAAAAGUCCAAUGGUCGGCGCUGCGUGCCAGGCGCUAACAGCUCGCACCGACUCCUGCUGCACAAAGCGCGCACACUGCAUGAGGGCUUGAGGGCUUGUGGCAGUCGAGCGCGUGUGCUUUUACAGCCCCAGCAAAACAAAGUUAGGCCAGGACAACGCAGUCAUGUCGGGACAGCCUGGGUUCGUGAACCCGUUCCACGCACCUCGGUGUUUGGCUGCGGCAGCUCCGGCGGGGAAAGCCACGCUUACGCACCCGGGCAAAGCGAUUCUGGCAGGGGGAAUAGCCGGAGGCAUAGAGAUCUGCAUCACCUUCCCCACAGAGUACGUGAAGACACAGCUGCAGCUGGAUGAAAAGGCAGAUCCUCCCAAAUACAGAGGAAUUGUCGACUGUGUGAAGCAGACUGUGCGCGGUCAUGGCGUGAGGGGUCUGUACCGAGGUCUGAGCUCUCUGCUCUACGGCUCCAUACCUAAAGCAGCUGUCAGGUUUGGGAUGUUUGAGUUCCUCAGUAAUAAGAUGCGUGAUGAGAGCGGCAAACUAGACAGCAAGCGAGGGUUCCUCUGUGGUCUUGGAGCUGGAGUCGCAGAGGCUGUGGUCGUCGUCUGUCCUAUGGAGACGAUUAAGGUCAAAUUCAUCCACGAUCAGACGUCGGCAAACCCAAAGUACAAGGGAUUUUUCCAUGGGGUGAGGGAGAUUAUUAGAACUCAAGGACUGAAGGGGACGUACCAGGGCCUAACUGCCACUGUACUGAAGCAAGGCUCCAACCAGGCCAUCCGCUUCUAUGUCAUGACUUCACUGAGGAACUGGUACAAAGGCGAUGACCCCAACAAAUCCAUUAACCCUCUGGUAACUGGAAUGUUUGGUGCUGUUGCUGGUGCAGCCAGUGUGUUUGGAAACACUCCCCUGGACGUCAUUAAGACCAGAAUGCAGGGGCUCGAAGCGCACAAGUACAAAAGCACAAUAGACUGUGCCGUCAAGAUCAUGAGGCACGAGGGGGCGUUGGCGUUCUACAAAGGUACUGUUCCCCGGCUGGGUCGGGUGUGCAUGGAUGUGGCCAUAGUCUUCGUUAUCUACGAGGAAGUCGUGAAGGUUCUGAACAUAGUCUGGAAGACGGACUGAAGUGAACACCACAGUGCUGCGCAAGCAGGAGUGUGAGACUGGCCAGUCACGUUGUUAACCAGGCCACGUCCCAAACCAAUCUCCUGAAACCCUGCUUCUAGGUUCUAAUAUCUACCUCUCAGAAAGAAAGGGUAUUUUAUUUAUAACACAGAUGUUGCGAGUGGAAGCACUGUCUGCGUGAAAGAAGCUGCAGGAGCACUGCUUACACUUGGUCUUUUUUCUAAAGUUCCAGAAGGGGGAAGUUCCUUAAGACCUCAGGGAGGGGAACAGGGCGUUUAUUUAGACCUGCACAAAGACCUGCAGCGCUUUGAGUUGAGUUGUACUAGUGCUGUGUGUAUUUGAUCAAAGAGAAACCAUCACCUCACCUGACAUAAUGUGAUUUAAGCACUACAGACAAAAAAAUACUUGAGCAGAGGUAGGUAGAUGGAUAUUUUAUUGAUCUCGAGGGAAAUUCAGGUGUACUGGCUUCAGAUUUUAUUAGAUAACAAAUACUUCCAAGCCCUUCUUAUAUGCAAGUAUUCCAGUUUCUUUUUUCAAAAGACUGUUCAAAACUAUUAUUUUAUUCACUACCUGUUGGAAGAAUUAAUGUUCACAUGCUGCAGAGGAAUAAGAACUAAAUGCCUUCAAUCACAAUUGUCAAAUGAAUCAAUACAGAUCUGUAGGCUGCAGUUUUUAAUGAUGUGUAUUCAGCUACGAAACAAUGGUUGAGGUGGUGGCGAUUCUUUAAAUCACUUAAUUUGUUAGUGUUAUUAAAAAAGUGCCUUUGUGUUACAUGGUUUAUUGGAGAUUAACAAUGAUUGAAUGUUUUAUGUACUUCUUCACUGUGGAUGGUUUUUUAGUUUCUCACGCUGCAGUGGUGCCAGAUGUUGAAGAUGUUCAUAUCUUAUUAAUUCAACUGUUUUGGGGAAUUAUUUGCUUCUAAUUUUUAAAUUGCCUUUGCUGCUUAGACGUGCUUUUUUGAGAAAUGCCAUUAAUGGUGCCUUUCAUUGCAUUCCACAGAGCACGAGUGAUUAGCUUUGCUUUUAUUGCAGCCUUUCAGAUUCUCUUCUUUUAACUGUGCUGUAACUUCAAUUGCCUUUCACCCAAUGUGCCAACUGCUGCAUUUAGAUACAAUAUAACUAAUGCCAUGUUAUAGACUGUAGUUUGUCCUCCUGGUUUAAAUGCAGUGCACCACAAUCUUUGUCUAGGAUGCACAAUGUUUACUUUGAGCUCCGUUUUUCAGCUGGCGGAGAUAGUUGAAUGUCUUUGGGGUUUUCAUAUUUAAAAACACUGGUACUAAACCCAGCGCUGUGCCUUCAGUCUAAUUAAUUCGAAUGUAUGAUCACAAAUAAACAUUGGAUCUGA